ACGUAAGCUAGCUCGGUGGUUAGAAGAAAGCUAGCUCGCCGCUCAAAGGGGGGUAACAUUAAAAGGACGACCUAAAGUAACACGUUCGACCGAUUUUACCGAAAGCAAGACAUUUUACUCGUAACGGUCGUGGUGAGUAUUUUGUCCCCAGACAUUUUUUUUUUUUUUAGUUUUUCCUUCCUUUUUUCCUUUUCUUUUUGGAUUUUUCUCGACGAUGCUUUUUUUUUUUCCAUUUUGCAAGUGGACAGAACGUAAUGUGCUAGCUGGCUAGCUUAGCGUAGCUAACUCUGAGACGCUCAUCCUCCUUUUUGAAAACACAAGCGCUGGUUGUGCUCUUUUUUUUAUCGUUUUGAAACACGACGGGUUGGAUGCAUCUUAGCUACAUUCUCGUCUAUUUUUGCAAGUUUGUGUAGCUUUGUUUUUGUAGCGUUUUAUUGUGAAGACUGAAUUGUUUUUGGCACGCUUUGCACCCAGCCCACCAGCUAAGCUAGCCGCGUCAGAGCGUCCAUUGUUGUUUUUAUAGUCUCAGCUUCACCCUGAUUGAUUACAGAUUAUUGACUACGCAUUUAUCAAGAACUCUGCAGGUUUUGUUUUUUUGCAAACGAGAUGACUGAUCUUGAUUGCGCUGUAUUUUUUUGUGAUGCUUUGCUGUUUGUGGUUUUGGCUAACGUUAGCUAGCCGUGUUUGAGCUCCCAAUGCUAACACAAGGCCCGUGUUUCACACUCCAGCCUGAUGGGGGCGCUGUCGGCGUUGUGGGUGUUUUUAGCUACUUUUUGAUGAUCUCCAGAUUUUGCUUUUCCUUUUUUUGUGGAGUAGAUUUUUUUUUUUCCGUGUUUUUGUACUUCCUUGGUGGAAGUGUUUUUUGAACUGUCUGUGGCCCCAGUGUUGUUUGACAUAACGUUACAAAUACACAUUUUAUUAAUUAAACGUUUAUUGAUCUGAAUGAGUAUUAUGGCUGUUUGUUUAUCAACGCCUUCACAUUUACUCCUAGGCCGCAGGUACACACAUAUAAGCCCCGUGUAGUCUUUACAUUAGAGACAGAAGCCAAUACAUUAAAUAGUGUUUACAUUAACUGGAACUUACGCAUAAACCCCAAACACAUGGUGCUCCUAUAAGAUCAUGCAUUAAGUGAUGAUGCAUCUAUCACAUUACUGAUCUGCAUUUUCCUUUAAAGUCUGUCUGAAUAUCUUCUACUUUCCAUGUCCCAGUUUCUAAAAAUUUAAAUGUUGAAACUCAUUUCGAGUAUUGAUAUUGUGUUAAAGAUGGUACUUAUAUUUACCGUGUCAUAUUCUCCAUCUAGUUUAAAUUUAGGCUUGCACAUAUUUUAGAAAUCAAUAAUACCUGUUAAAUAUAAUGAAACUGGUAUAAUUCCUCAAUGUUUAAGGAGUACGACAUAAAUGGGGCGACCCAUGUUUAGACUAUAUAAAUUGGCAAAACUAUUAAAGUUAAUGAGGUUGCUUAUUGUCGUACCACAAGUCACCACAGUUUAUUGUUAAAUUUGACAGCUGUGAUAUAUUUUAAAGUAUAUUUACGCAAGUUGUUCCUCUGCUAACGUAACUCUAAAAGGGCAUCACCCUCAUAAAGUACAAACUCCUCCAUCUGUUUCAUAAAAGCAACACAAACUAGCACGUGUAGACCAGCUAGGGUCUACCUUUCUCUCCAGUUGGUGAUAUGAUUGUAAUGGUUUAGUCGGGUUUAGAUUUGUUUGUCUUAAACGUGGAUGUGUACAGUAUUGUCUCACUUCUAGCUGCUUAUGUUUAAUAAUUAGAUUGCACUUAAACAAGCAUUGGGGUCAGGUUUGAGUCCCAAAGUGGCCAAUUGUAAUGGGAUUUUCUUAAGAGCCGUGUUACUGUUUUUCUUGUCGCUUAACUCCUGUAUACACUCCAGCCAGGUAAGACUUGGUGCAAGAUAACCCUGCUCGGCUUGACUGAGGUGUGUUUUCUGUCGCCUCAGUAUAAAAUCGUGAGGGGCGAAAGGUCGACGCCAGCCCAAACUGAUCCCAGCCCACAGUGUCAAACAUCAGACGACAGCAGCCCUGCACACAGACGCUAUGGAUCGUUCACCCACCACCUCCAGCCUGAUGGCCAGCAACAUCACCAACAAGAACGACCAACGCUCCCUCAACUCGCGGGUCUUCAUCGGCAACCUCAACACCCUGCUGGUCACCAAGGCGGAUGUGGAGGCCAUCUUCUCCAAAUACGGCAAGAUCGUGGGCUGCUCUGUCCACAAGGGCUUCGCCUUCGUUCAGUUCGCCAACGAGAGAAACGCCCGAACUGCCGUCAACGGGGAGGACGGGAGGAUGAUUGUCGGGCAAGUACUCGGUAAGGAUUUAGUUUUUAAGAUAUUUUUCAUGACUGUACUUGUCUUAAGCUGGUAGGACUGGUUCCCAACCGUGAGAACUUGUGACCCUGUGAAACAAAGCACUAUUAUUUACGGUGCUUUGUCACAGGUUGCAUAUGUUUAAUAGUAAGGGUUAUAUUUCCUGAUUGAGGUGAGUAAACAUUCAGGCAUAAUGAGGUAAUACUAACGAGUAUCUCGCACAAGUAAAAAAGCAAAGAGAGAAAAACAUACUUGUAGAAUUUGAAAAGGCUUUACCGUGUGACUCCUUGGU